GUCUGGAUACGUCAGCUUCAGCUUCGAAGCGGCUGUCAACUCCGAGAAGAAGGACAACCAUAUCUAGCUUCGCGUCUCCAACUCGUGUUCUACACGUUGCUCUCUCGUUUCUCUCUCCUGCAGCCUACUCCUCUCCUCGUCUCACGUCUGUCUGGCUUUCUGAUUGGGCUCUGCGCGUGUUCUUGCGCGCACAUUUUGCCGAUAUCUCCAUAACUCAUUACUGCCGUCUGGGCGCAUCUCGCUUCUUCUCCGCAUUCUACACGCGAUCUGACAUUCAACGCUUUCCCGUGCCACGCUCUUUCAACGUGUUUCCAACGAGGCUAUCGAAACAGGGUACCCUUGCUCACACAGUAGACAAUUACCCAUGCACCGCUUCCGCAAACGAUCAGACGCAAAGCGCGUUCCAGUCCCUGAGGCGUUGGCCCCACGCACUGUCGACACGCAAGAGGUUCUCCCCUCGUUGCCCCCCGCGAGCGAUUUCCGCACGUCCCUAAUCUUACCGGAUCUCACCCGACGCUUCAGCGUGUUGCAAAACUCCACCGGCGAGCCUAUCGGGCUCGAUGAGCUGAAGAGCAAGUUUGCAGAGCAGCGCGCGCGGGGGUCUCAGAACCAAGUGACGGAGGAGGAAGAGGAUAUGAUACUGGAGGCUCUGGGUAGGCUCCACGGCAGGAAACCACGCACACAAGGUCAGCACAGCGGUUAUGAAUCGAGCGAGAGUCGGCCGAAUGGAGGAGAUGGCGACGACGAGGACACGGAUGCUAUGCGGCAGUCGGUGCGCUCCUCGAACUCCGCAACAACACCCUCAUUACAUGGCGCUGCCUCGAACGCCUCCCUCUCCUCCGCGAAGGGUUCGCAUUCUGGCCGGCGGAUGAGUAACAAUUUGUUUGGCUCGGGCAAGUUCCGGGAUCAGGCCUACUUCAUGCGCAAUACCAAUCCUAGUACUGGGCGCCGCAGCGGACGUGGAGGUGGCGCUAUCGCUCAGUCGGACUCUAGCAUGAGCAUGAGCACCAUUGCCAGCGCGCGUGGGGACACCAGUACCUCAAUGUACUCUGACAGCCUCCGUCCGGUCACGCCGGAGGGCAGCACCUACACGCACUCCACGCCUUCCAGCCCCGGGAACAACAGCACGUUCUCUAAGGACCGCAGCUCGGACUAUGCCACGAGUAACCUAAGCAAGCGACUGUCGAAGGCGUUGUCCCCGGAUGGGCUGCGGCGAGCGUCGAUGGCCCUCGACCAGGCAAUUCGAGAGUUGGAGGAAGAGGGAGACGAUGAGAUUGUCAUGGAGCGAUCCCCGGUUGUGCACGCGCCCCACAGAGAUAUGAACGGUUCUCUUGCAGCAUUGACUACUGCGUUCGAGCCAAGCUUGUCUUCGCCUUUGCCAUCCCCAGGCGAAGAGGCGGGGACAGCGCUGUCGUCCGACGACCCAAUACUCUCGGAUGAAAAUCAACGGACGUCAUCCCACCCCGGCUCGCGUACCACGUCACCGACCCCUCGUUUACCUGGCUAUAUUCCGGGCAUGCCGCGCCCCAUGACUCCUAGGGAGGCCAUCUUUGACAACGAAGAUUUGACGCCCUCUGCGACACCCCGAGCAACAUCACCUCGUCUACCAGGCCUCAAUACCCAAGUCUCCCCCUUGAUACCCCAGAGCAUUGCAUCCACUCUCAACAGGAGCAACUCUGGCGCUUCGGCAUUUCACCGCCCAGUCUCCCCUGCACAGGGCUCGACUCCUCCCCUCUUCUUCAAUCGUUCUAUGAACGGUCGCUACACACCCGAGGAUCGCCAGCGAAAUACAACCAAACUCCCCUCACCCACCGCUGAAGCUCCGGAUUCCCCCGUGAUGGGUAGACGCCGACCGAUGUCGCCACUCUCUGGUCCUGCAUAUCAGCCACUCGCCGCAUCAUCACCAUCUUCUCGCCCCCCUUCUCGCCCAACCACGCCAUCAAACGUGACGUGGAAUACGGCAUCCAGUCCAAACGGCACACCUCAGAAGUCUCAUGGGCGCAACGGGAGCACGUCUGGCCACAGUCGUAACGGAAGCACCGUCAGCUUCACCGACCAAGGCGCAGAUACGCUAGACCGAGCAAAAUCCACAUCCCGCUCUCUCCGCUCGCCCGCCUUGCCUGACUCUCCUUGGGUCGACAACGGCCACUCUGGAUCGUUCGCCAUUGCGCAGCCCGACCACCGUCCGCCGUCCGCGAUGUCCGGGAUGGACCUCGGGUCUCCCGCACAACACGGAAACCGGAUUCUCCGCUCCCCUACCCCCACCUACAACGGCGCCCGCUCUCCAACAUCGCCCACCUUCCGGGACUUUGGCGCGAUCAAUGGGGACGGCGCCAUCACGAGUGCACGCUCAUCGAAGCAAACACAGCACGCGAGCUCUCAUUCGUUUUCGCUUGGUACGCCUAACGCGCUCCUUUUCUCGCCCAUCGCGAACUCUUCGCGGUCGUCUCUUGAAUCUGCCGGCUCCAGCUACCACACCUGGGACGAAGACCACAGCAAGGAUCGCCUCUCUGGGUUGCUCAAUAGCCUGGACUCGGACUACUCUCCGUGGCACGAUAUCUCACCAGACAAGUCGGGCCCGUCGACAGCUGGAACCUCCCCCUACGACGCGCCCGAGCCUGAGGAUGCGGUACGGCGGGAGGUCGGGCUGACGAAAGGCGACUUCGUGACUAUCCAGGACAAGCUGGUCGGCACCGCACUGUCCAAGGCUGCAACGCCAGAGAACCGCGCGCGCGCUGGCUCGAUCAGGAGGCGUCGGCCGUCUACAUCGCAGUCGAACUACUCGGUCAACGGAGAGAACAGGGCCAACUCGACCCCCCAGCCACAGCCGCAGGUGUCGCCACAACACGUGGUGACGUCAUCGCGACCUUCCGCGAACGACCAUGUCGCGAAGGCCAACGCGUUGCUCAACGCGGUCGUGCACAGUAUCGAGUCUCCUCGCCCUCGCCCAGCGGAAGCUUUGGCGGUCGAAGAGCCCUCGUUAGCAGUCCCCGCUCCUGCUGAUACAGAGCAGUCGAGCCCGAUGCGACGAAACAGGGCGCUGGCGGACGCGCUUUUCGGUAUUGAAGACCGGGACCGGACAAUGAGUCCCCCUAUGCCCACCUCACCUCCUCAGAUCUCCAUCAUGCCUGAGUUUUCUGAUCCAGAGCCGGACGAGGACGAACCCAUCCAGUCUGUGUUCUCUCCCACGAAACCUCUGCAGACGCCGAAGCGGUCGGAUUCAUUACGACAUGCUACUUCUCCUAGGGUGGCCAUGCCGCCUCCACCCGCGAUGCCGCUAUCACCCCUGUCACCCACCUCAGGGAUGAACCCGUCCGAACUUGCUCUCGAGGUGCAACGCAGGGCAGAGGCCGCCACUGCCGCCUUGCGGAAGUCGCCCUCGAUUCCGAAGAUCGCUGACGGCUCCGGCAGCGUACCCAGGAAGCGGAUCAGCCCGAACAAGAUCUCUUCCCCCACUCUCGUUUCUGCGUCUACUAGCGUUGAUGCCAUUCCAUUGCGCUCCCCUACUGCUUCGCCUUCCCCGCAAAACAUGCAGACGUCGAGCAAGAUUGGUUCGCGGUUCAAGAAGCUGCGUGGGACCAUCCGGCAAAAGCAGCACAUCCCCAAUGGAGAGGAGGUUACGCCGUUCCCGCUCGACAUGCGGAGCCCAACUACAGGGCCGCCGUCUGGUAGUUCGCCUAGCCUGGCACUCCGGACCGACCCCAUCCCCAUAUCUGCUAGUCUUGCGGAGCCAACGAGGUUGAAGCCUCCGCCAGCACCGUUGCCGAGCCCACCUGCGUCUGCAACUCCAGGCCUGAAGGGGUUCAUGGCGCGUUUCCGCAAGUCUCGCCCACCGGAGCCUCUGAUUCCAUCUCGACCUGUGCAGGGACCGAUGUCGGCCACCGCUUCGAAGACUAUGAGCAUGGCGGGUCCGUCCCCCGAACAAUCGUAUGGCCCGAUGCCGCACUCCGCCCCAGCCCUGCAAACGAUGUUCCGAAGCCCCAGUCCGGCUGGCCCCACUUCUCCGCCCCCUCAAUCGCCGACGCCCAGACCACCGCAGGAAGGUUUCGCAGGAGAACCCUCCGCGCAAGCCCAGACCAACGAUGCACUCAGGCAACUGUUCGAUGCGGCCACGAACCUUGGUCUCGACCAGGCGGCGCUCAACGACUUGAUCGCCCGAUCGCCUUCGACGUCCUCGCGGUCUACUGCUUGGACGAAGCUGACAAGGGCGACCUCGCCGAAUGAAAGCAGGAAGAGCCAAGUGCCCGUCAUCCGGGGAAGAGCCACGCCAGAAAGCAUGCGCUCGCCGAUAUCCGAGGGUCGCCCUAGCUUCGACGGGUAUUCUCCGAGGCCGUCGACCGACACGCGCCCGCCCGUUCGCAAGGGACAGGAGUCGCCUCAGCGCCCACGCCAACAACAGCAGGACGCGGCCCAGAACACCGUCGUGCGGCGCACCAUCAUUUUCCCCUCCGAUUCUAGGGCCUCUGGCUUCGACUUGGGUGCAUUGGUGCGCAAGCAGUCGGCGUCCCGCAGACGCGCCUCGGUCGGCUCUAAGUCUUCCAUCCACGAUCGAGUGCCCACCCCGCCGCCUCCUCAUCGGGCCGGAGGGCGGAGGUUCUCUACCGACACGUCUCCCCCAGUGCCGCAGCUGCCCACGCCGUUCUCCGUCCACGCUGAGGGCUCCCUUGCUGUGCCGAGUGGGGUGGAAACGUCGAACUCCGCUUAUGACUCUUUAUACGAUAUGUAUGCUGGGGACGGCAGAGGCCAGAUGCUCAGCGCGGAGUCUCCCGGCGCGGGCAGCUCGCAAGGUCAGCGCGAGGCCAUACCGGAGUCAGGGCCGGCGCUCGAGGUGAUCGAAAUGGCCAACGGAGAGACGAUUUGGUCGAUCGUGAACGGGCUGCGUGACGAUGACGGCGAAUCUUACUACGGGGACCGUGCGAGCUUCUACUCCGAGUACUCGGUGAAGGACACGAACGAAAACGUCAAGCUGUUCUUCAAGGAGCACGAGCGCAAGUCGUCGAAAGGCAGCACGAGCUCCUCUUUCCUGUCGCGAAAGAAGCCGCAGCAGCCAAAAGGUUCCGCACGACCGGAGACCAAGGUCUUCUUCAGCUCGAGUGCGCAAAUAGGCCGUCUAAUUGAGAACCUCUCGCGUGGUAUGGACUCCGGCUCGUUCAAUAUUGCCGGACCGGGGCAAGGGGGCCGCUCACAAGGUCACGUUGGUCACUCGACCGCGUCGUCUGUAGGGUCUGAGGCGGACGCACGUUGGACAGUCGAGGAGGAACGGCUGGAGCACAUGCUCGGGUCUAUGGGGGGUAGCUGAUUCAUUUGCCAUGCUUUCGGGAUCGUUCUGCCGCUGCUAUCAUUUAUGUUUCCGUCGGGACUCAGACUUGUGUUUCCCAGCGCUAUUAAUCUCGCACCGGACCGAUCGUUCACUGCUGUGUUCCGAGGGUUUAUGCUGCAUCGUGGUCUACCGUGUUAAUAAAUAUUUGGUCCGUGGAAAUUCUCGCGGCUGCCUCCUUUGUCCGUCCGCGCUCACAUCCCCCGCCAGUCUAUCCACCUGUUCAAGCAGAGUGCGAGGAGCGCGUCCCGGAUGAGGUUCUCCUCGUGGAAGCCGUACUCCAGCAGCGCGUACGCGCGGCCG